AUGCCAAGGACCACAGCAGACAUGGCUUCAUUCUACCGCAAGCAGUGCCUCACAUGCGACGAGAGCUUCGACGCCCAAGUCGACCGUGCCUAUCAGGACAUCUGCCCCAAGUGCCAAAAGUACAUGGAUGCGACAGAGCCAAAGACUGAUGACGAGCGCAAGAUGAACGACUACAUCCAGGGCCUCAACGACAAUGCCUUGGGAGCCGUGGGCAUGGGCGGCUACUUCUCAGGACUCGAUCGCGCACAGCAUCAGCAGGCUUCCGCCCAGCAUGAGCAAACACCGCUCCGCGCACCGGCCCCUUUCCAAGCACCCGAGACCUCGACAGAAAUGCCAGAGACCCCACGCAUGCUCUAUCCGAAUCCAUUGAGCCCAAUGAAUGCAAGCGCCGCCAACUUCAACCCGGGCAUGACCUACCCAAACCCAUUGAACACGAUGACUGUAGGCGCCGCGAACGUCAACACCGGCAUGCCCGCCACAUAUCCCAUGCCCGUUGGCGCCCAGCAACAUCAGCAGCCACCGCUUCGUGAACCAGUGCCGUUCCCAGCAGUCGAGGCCCCGACCAACAUGCCACAGCAACCACGCGUGGCCUGGCCGGCUCCAACACCACAGGGCUGGAAUGCGAUCAACGCGGGCGCCCCCGCCGCCGACUUCGGCAUUGACAUGCCAUACGCUAUGCCAGGUACUGCCCAGCAGGGCGCCCCGCCUGCGGCUCCCAGCAUGAUGUCGCCACCAGCUGAGGGUCAGGAGGAUGUGCCGGUCGCUAAGACUCCCAAGAAGGGCGGAAAGAAGCGCAUGGUGUGCCGCCACUGCCGGAAGGACAUGCCGAUCACUAAGCACAAUGAUGGUGUGAAUUGCACUAGGUGCUACAACAAGAUCCGGAAGUAUGCUGAGCGGGAAGACAAGUCUUGA